CAUAGUUCAAGAAUGUAGGUUUUGAUUUUUGUAAUUUAUAGACACAGUUGUAUUUUAAGUAUACAGUAAUUGAUAGAAACUACAUAUAUUUUCGAAACAUAUUUGUAUGUUAAGCGUCAUCAAAUGGGCACUACUAUUAAAUAUUUCUUAGUUUGACUACAGAAAAUCGAAAGCUCUAACUUUUGCAAGUAUUAUUAUUGGAACAGAAAGUCUAUUACUAAAAGUCUGCAAUGGUAUUCGGUAUUUAAUGACUAUGAAGUUUCAAAUGUUCUUUUUGACAAAUAUUAAACGAAAAUUUGACAGUCGACAACGAGAUUUCAAUAAUAUUCUUCGAAGAAGUUCAUGGAACCAACUCAAUAAGAUAUAACCUAAACGUUGUAAGUUUAUAAAGUAAUUUCUGACAUAUUCUUAGUUGUAGGAAUUAUAACUAAAAUGAUUUCUAAAUCAUUGAGUCUCCCGAGUUCAAAUCCUGACAGUUCUAGAGUUAAUAAAACUUUGGAUUUUGCACAUUUUUACAAAACUGCAACCGAAAGCAGUACGACAUUGAAAAAAGACUUAAAUACCAAUAAUAAUAAUGAUUCGAAUGAAACAUCAUUGGCUCGACAAUCACAUAAUAAAAAUGGUAAAGGUCAAAAAGUGUCGGUGACGAAAAUCGAUAUAGAUGGUAAAAAUUUGGGCUCUAAACUAAGACACGGAUCUCCAAACGGUUCAAAAAUUACAUCAACCCCAAACAUGACUAUAAAAAGAAAUCUCAAUAUUAAGCCCAUUAUAAAAGAGUCACCUACCUUGGAAAACUCACUUGAUUUGUCAAAUGUUCCAAAAUUAAAUCGAAAGAAGAGGAACAAAUCUGUUAGCUUUAUGGUAGAAGAGAAUGAUGACGUAGUUGUUAAAAAAACUAAAUCAGACGAGUCCUUGCUACAAAAAACAGAAGAAAAGAAACCUAAAAUGAAAAACAAGAGGUUUAAGAAGAUACAGAAAGAAGAUAAAGAAAAUGACACUAAUCCAUUUAUUAAUGAUAUGCAAAACUUAGUAUCCAAAACUGAAAUUAAUAAAAAGAAGGCAUUGCUGAAAAAGAAUAAAAAAGUAAAACCUGAGAGUAAUAUAAACGAUAAAGAUAUCAAUGUUGUAGAUAUUAGUACUUCAACAAUAUCAAAGGAUAAUAUUUCAGGAUCAAAUUGUAAUAUGACUGGUAUUGAUUUGCCUACAUUAGAAAAGUCAGAUACUAAGAAAAAAAGAAGAAAACAUGGCAAAGCAUUAAAAAGUGUUGAAAAAGAAAAUCCUACUGAUACAGGUGCUAAAAAUGUAAAACAAAAUGAUAAUGCAGCAAUUAGCUUAAAAAGAUCUAAAAGAUCAAGAAAAAAUAAGCACAUAGAGACGUCUGAAGUAGGAGAACCUGAAAAAAAAAACAUUAAAAAAAGUAAACCUGACAAUAUUGCACAUGGAAUAGAGAAUUUAAGUAUAGGAGACAAUGCUCACACAUUAACUAAUCUGCUGGAUGAAAUGAUUGUUACCAAGACUAAGAAAAAAAAUAAUAAAAAAGCAAAUAUUGAAAUAUCAAGUGAUAAAAAAUCUGACUCCAAGCCAAAAAAUAAUCGCAACUCUAGAAAACGUAAAAAUCGGAAAAUGCAUGCUGGGGUAAUUGUACAGAAUUUACCUUUCAGGAUACUUCUUACCUAUAAGCAAAAGCUAAGAGACUUUUUUUCCAAAUAUGGUACAGUCCAGUCUAUAGGUCUGGCAGAUUUAAAGUGUGGUGCAGAAGAAGCUCAACCAAUAUUCACAACACGAAUUUUCUUUACAACAGAAAAAGAAGCCACAGCAGCUUUAGAUGGAGACAAUGAACUUUAUGAAGGUAACAUAAUCCGUGUGAAGAAAUUAUCCGCUCAGGUGACAAGGAUUUUUAAGCCUUCUAACAAAAAUAGUACACAAAAAGAUGAAGCAAAAGGUAAAACAGUUAAGGAAGACCUAGCAAUGGAUAAUCAGAGCGACUAGUUACUAAUUUACAUCACUGAAUGCAAAUUAGUUAAUUGACAUUGGUGCCAAAUCAUUUUAUCCAGCUAUCAAUUUUAUAUACAAUUAUUUUAGUUACUUGGUAAAUUUUCAACAUAUUUGAACACUGCCUUAAUAAAUAUGUAUAAUAUAAAAAUU